AUGUCCUCUCCAGCGAUGAACAUGACCUCACCAGGAGUCAACAUGACCUCACCAGCAAUGAUUAUGACCUCACCGGCAGUCAACAUGACCUCACCAGGAGUCAACAUGACAUCACCAGCAAUAAAUAUGACGUCACCGACCCUCAAUUUGACCUCACUAGCAGUCAACAUGACCUCAAUGUCCACCAGGUCACCACCAGAAAAUGCCACCUCUGCACUAGUAAAUGGAACAUCACCCAAACCAGAUAUUACAACUGGUUCUCUACCAACGACCACAACUGCUCCAGCAGCAGACUCAACGAUCCAGCUGGGAUUUAGCUUGAGUCAAAAUUUUGAACCAGACCUUGCCAAUAGAACUUCUCAAAAGUUCAAAGAUUUAGCAAACACAAUAACAACCGCACUCGAUAACAUCUUUAGAACCAAAUUUGGGAGAAUAUUCCUUCGAUCUUUGAUACGCUCAUUCAGACAAGGUUCAGUGGUGGUAGAUUCCCAGCUAAUUUUUGCCAAUGCCAGCUCAGUGCCAGAAGCUAAUGAUGCACAAACCACUCUGGUGGAGGCAGCGUCCAACAAUUCCAACUUCUCCCUACCAGUGAAUGUGUCAACCAUUGUUGCAAGUAUGAUAAGUUAA